CUUGGAGGUCUGUUGCUCUAAGAGUAAAAAACGACUAAAGAGUGCAAGUAAGCAAGCACAUGGUCAGCCACUGCUGAGUUGACUUUGACUACAGGCAACUACAGACACCAAAGAUAUAAAGAUGGGAGAAAUGGGAGAUCCAGUCCAGCUGAAAGAAGAAGGUAACAAGCACUUCCAGGCAGGAGAGAUUGAUAAAGCAAUUGAGUGCUACACAAAAGCCAUCAAGGUCUGCAAGGACAAAAAUGCACAGGCCGUCAUCUACAGAAACCGAGCUGCCUGUUUCCUGAAGAAGGAAAAUUAUACCAACGCUGCUUCAGAUGCCUCCAAAGCCAUAGACGUGGAUGCUUCUGACAUCAAAGCCCUUUUCAGAAGAUGUCAAGCAUUAGAGAAGCUGGGGAAACUAGACAUGGCCUUUAAGGAUGUCCAGAGAUGUGCAACACUGGAACCUAAAAACAAGACUUUUCUGGAGACUCUCAGGAGACUUGGAGCUCAGAUCCAACAAAAGCUGAAGACCACCUUCUCUACAGACUCCAGAGUGCAGAACAUGUUUGACAUCUUGCUGAGUGACGAAGCAGAUAAAGAUAAGAAAGAAAAGGCAGCGAACAACCUGAUUGUCCUGGCUCGAGAAGAUGCAGGCUCGGAGAGAAUCUUCCAGAACAAUGGCGUGGCUCUGCUCAUGCAGCUCAUUGAGUCUGGGAAUGUUGAGAUGAUCCUGGCUGCCAUACGGACCUUUUCUGGAAUGUGUACAGGUCACCGAGCGAGGGCCACAGCCAUCAUCCACACAAUAGGAAUUGACAGGCUGUGUAGCAUUAUGGCCAUGGACCAUGAGGAGAUCGCCCUGGCAACCUGCAACUUAUUCCAGGCCGUCUAUGACUCCCUAUCCGGGGGGGACAACAGGGUUUAUGGCAAAGAGGAGGCCCUUGUGCUUGACUCAAGCAAGGACUUGAAGACUAUUCUGCUCAAACUGCUGGACAUGAUUGUCAAUAAGAAGGUGUCAGGACAUGGACGAGACCAGGCUCUUAACCUGCUUAGUAAAAACGUGCCCAGAAAGGACAAGAAAGAGCAGGAUCACUCCAGGAGCCUCUUUACGAUUGAUCAUGGCCUGAGGAAGAUUCUGAAGGUGUGUGGUCAGGUACCCGAGCUGCCCGAUCAAUUGCCCAUGACAGAGAAUACGCAGCUUAUUGCCAGCGUGCUUCUUAACAAGCUCUAUGAUGACCUGCGAUGCGAUCCUGAGAGGGACAACUUCAAAGACAUCUGUGAUGACUACAUCAAGAGCAAAUUUGAUCCCAACGACAUGGACAAAAACAUCCACGCCAUGAAUGCUUUAUCAGGCUUGUUGCAGGGGCCCUUUGAAGUGGGAAAUAUGCUCGUGGGUCGUCAAGGAGUAAUGGAGAUGAUGGUCGCUCUGUGUGGUUCCGAGAGAGAAGUGGAUCAGCUUGUGGCUAUUGAAGCUCUCAUUCACGCCUCCACCAAAAUGAGCAGAGCUUCUUUCAUCAUCACUAAUGGGGUGUCUUUGCUUAAGGACAUCUACAAAAAGACCAAAAAUGAGAGGAUCAAGAUUAGAGCGCUUGUGGGGUUGUGUAAACUGGGCUCAGCCGGAGGUGAUGAUUAUAGCAUGAGACAGUUCGCUGAGGGCUCCACUGAAAAACUGGCCAAGCAGUGCAGAAAAUGGCUGUGCAACCCCACUCUUGACGUUCGGACACGAAAAUGGGCAAUCGAGGGUUUAGCGUACCUGACCAAUGAUGCUGAUGUUAAAGAUGACUUUGUUGAGGAUGAACCAGCCAUGAGAGCCAUGUUUGAGCUUGCCAAGUCCAAAGAUAAAACCAUCCUGUAUGCCGUCGCCUGUACACUGGUGAACUGCACCAACAGCUAUGACAAGAAAGAGAUCAUCCCUGAGUUGGUGCAAUUGGCCCAAUUCUCCAAGCAGCAUGUCCCUGAGCAGCACCCAAAGGACAAGAAGGAUUUUAUUGACAGUAGAGUGAAAAAGCUCUUGAAAGCUGGGGUGAUAUCGGCACUUGCAGUCAUGGUCAGAGCGGACAGUUCCAUUCUGACUGACCAAACCAAGGAAAUGCUUGCAAGGGUAUUCCUUGCUUUGGCUGAUGAUCCAAAAGAUCGUGGAUUGAUUGUCGCCCAAGGCGGCGGAAAGGCUCUGAUUCCUUUGGCCCUUGAGGGAACAGACACUGGGAAAAUAAAGGCCUGUCAUGCACUGGCUAAGAUUGCAGCCAUCUCCAACCCUGAGAUUGCCUUCCCUGGUGAGAGGAUAUAUGAAGUUGUGCGACCACUGGUGUCCCUGCUGAACACAGAAAGAGACGGCAUUCAGAACUUUGAGGCCUUAGUGAGUCUCACUAAUUUGGCUGCACUAAACGACAAGCUUCGAGUGAAAAUCCUGAAAGAGAAAGCCCUUCCAGAGAUUGAGAACUACAUGUUUGAGGAACAUGAACAAAUCAGACAAGCUGCUACAGAGUGCAUGUGCAACCUUGUGAACUGUAAAGAGGUCCAGCAGAGGUAUCUUGAGGAUGGUAAUGACAAGCUGAAGCUCCUCAUACUGCUUUGUGGUGAGGACGAUGAAAAGCUACAGAUAGCAGCAGCUGGUGGAUUGGCCAUGAUCACGGCAGCUGAGAAAAAGCUGUGUGUCAAGAUGACCAAAGUGACUGAACAGUGGCUUGAGAUCCUUCAGAGGCUGUGCAUCCAUGACAAUCCUCAAAUCCAGCACCGAGGUAUAGUGAUCAUCUACAACAUGAUGGAGGCUGAUGCAGAGUUGGCUAAGAAGCUUAUGGAGUCUGAGGUUCUGGAGAUCCUUACCUAUUUCGCCAAGAUGGAGGACAAUCCCAAGAAACAGGAGGGAAUAGACGCAGCACGUGCAUGCCUGUCCAAAGCCAUGGAUCUUGGACUUAUCAAGCCUUUCAAACAAUAAGGCAGAAAGAAAACUGAUUUGUAAUUAUUAAUAGUGGCAGAAAGUGAGCAUUGGUGCAGUGAUGUGUAUAGGUUUGAAAACAUGGGGUGGCAAAGAGGAAGGCGGGGGCACAAGUGCACUAAAGCCGGUUUUAGACUGUGUGAUUAUCACAGAGUAUCAUUUGUUACAAUGCAGAAGACGAUCCCAAUAAAUCUUGGAUCAGUUUUAUAGCAGACUAUUUGAUAAUAUGUUCUCCACGACAGAUUAUAUGAUAGAAAUUGAAUAGGUUCUACUUAUAAUACCCCUUAGUAUGAUCUUGAUCCUUUAAAAAAAUGCUGCAUAAACAUUCUUUAUUAAAGUAAGCUUGAGGGAAAAAAGAAAAUUAUUUUCUGUCCGUUAGCAUGAUGUGUUUACAUUUAGAUUUUUCCGCUAGUGUCCUAUAAUGUCUUAUGAGUUUUGAAUCAUCCUAGGCUGUCCCCAUACUGCAAACAGCUGUAGAAACUCUGUAUUUGGUUUAGCUAUCUUUGUUCACUAAAUCUGCCGAUGUUGAAUGUCUCAUUAUGGGUUUUAAGACCCACACAAGGCACGCAAGACCAAAGAAUUCUUUUGCGAUGUGAGAUUUACACCGACCAGGCAUAACAUUAUGACCACUUGCCUAAUAUUAUGUUGGUCCCCCUUUUAGUGCCAAAACAGUCCUGAACCAUCGAGGCAUGGACUCCACUAGAUCUCUGCAGGUGUGCUGUGGCAUCUGGCACCAAGAUGUUAGCAGCAGAUCCUUUAAGUCUUGUAAGUUGCAAUACUUACAGGACUUAAACGACUGACUGACAUUUUUAAUAGAUACUGACCACUGCAGACCAGGAACACCCCACAAGAGCUGCAGUUUUGGAGACGCUCUGAUCCAGUCGUCUAGCCAUCACAAUUUGGCCCUUGUCAAACUCGCUCAAAUCCUUACACUUGCCCAUUUUUCCUGCUUCUAACACACUGCUUCAAAACACACUUUGAGGACACACUUGCUGCCUAAUAUAUCCCACCCACUAACAGGUGCCAUGAUGAGGAGAUCAUCAGUGUUAUUCACUUCACCUGUCAGUGCUCAUAAUGUUAUGACUGACCAGUGUAUGUUGUCCAUAAGGGAUUUGGCUUUCAAUGUGGCCAAAGAUAUUAUUGUAGAUACAGUAUAAAUCUGCAGUAAUUGAGUAAUAGACCUUUCAGUUUGGAAUUAGACCUAAUUCUAGGGUAGCAGCUGCCACCCUGUGGCACCCACAAGGCCACGCCCCUGCCUCUGUGACAGCUCUGCUUUCUGGGAAAGUGGAAGUAUUAGGAAGCCUCUGACAGGAUAUAUUGUCAACAAUGCAUGAAUUUUUAGGUUUGUUUGUGUUCACUGUUUUAACUUUGAUUUGAUUUUUUUUUUUAUUUUACGUCACUAAGUUUUAUG